UGCAUCUACUAACUUCAGUUAUCAACAACAGCAGUCUUUCAGGACUCCAAAAUCCCCAAAUCUUUCAAAAUGAAAACCGUUUUCGUGUUCGCCUUCGUCGUUGCUCUGGCUUUGGCCGCUCCCCUGGACGAUUCCAAGGAUGCCCAGAUCCUGAAGUACGAGAACGACAACAUCGGCGUUGAUGGAUACAAAUUCCUGUUCGAAACCAGCGAUGGACACAGCCGCCAGGAACAAGCCGAACUGAAGCGAUUGGCCGAUGAUGUCGAAGCCCUGGUUGUCCGUGGCUCAUACUCCUUCACCGGUCCCGAUGGCCAGGUCUACACCGUCAACUACAUCGCCGACGAAAACGGAUUCCAGCCAGAAGGUGCCCAUCUGCCCAAGGCCUAAGGAGGAAGUGUCCUGCCGGAGAAAGAACAAGAAGACUCGCUCUCACACACAGGAACACACCCCAAAAAGCCCAAUACACACAACCACACAACCACGUUGAAUCUCAAACAAAAAAAAUCUUAGUUUAUGAAUGAAACAAAUGAAAAAUCAAAGACAACAAAUAACAACAACUACUACUACAAAGCAGCAACAUCCAUCAGCAGCCCACUGAAUAGAGUCGCAAAACGAGAUCAUCCUUGGCGACCUUAAACAACAACAACAACAACAGCUGAAAAAACUCCAACAAUUUCAAGUCCAUGCUUGUAAAGAAGUGUACAGUUUUUUUUUCUUCAAUUAUUUUUCCUUAUUUUUUUGUACAGUAUUUUGUGCUUAUUUUUCGCAUUUUUUCGAAGAAAAAUUUAAAUACAAACAACAACAUGAGUUACCUACUUGUUUUUCCUUUGAGGAAGGAAUCAACAACAACCAGAGUACAACAACUACUUGAAAGUAAAAAAAAACAAGAAACAACAACAACAACAGCAACAACAACAACAACAACAACAACAACAACAACAACAACAACAACGACGACGACAAGAACUUUGUACGAAUACCAGCUGCCAUAUUUUUUUCCUU